ACUCUUUGAUUCUUGUCCUGGUUGUGGCAGCACCACGUUGAAUCGGUCUCGCCAAACUGCAACCCGAACGACCAGGUCUCCACGGACCACUGCUACUGAAACUCUCCGCCGAUCGCACUGUCAAUUUCGAAAGAAGCAGGAUCUGCGUCGUGGUCGCGCAUCUUUUGCUUGCCGAUGAUCAUGGGUUUUGCUCCCCAGCCUGCCCAAGGCUAUCUGGACUCGUCCUGCGCUGUGUUGCUAGCGGAGAAAGUAUCAUCUUGCAUACCGACAGCAUGAGAGCGCUCUGGUCACUAAAUAUCCAGAAGCCAGACGGAAAUGACCUCGCAAGUUUUCCCUGAAACACUACGCUUUCGGUCGAUUUCAGAAGCAUGCCUGUCAAUCGGAGUCGGGCGGACUGCAGGUUGCGAGCGAGGCGACGAGAUUACGACGAGGAUUCGCAUGGUCUCCGAUUAAUACCUCCACAUGGGAGAGCACUAGUGCUAUAAAGGCUGGACGAUGCAGCAGGGUAAAGCAAACGAACCUCUUCCUUCGUUUCCUUCCGCCUCUUCCUUCGUUUCGUCGGUUCCUUUCGUUCCUUCUUCAUUCAAACGCCCAGGCCGGCCCCUUCAUCUUCGUUUCUUCAAUUCACACCGACUUCCGAGAAGCCCCACUGCAAAAUUUGAUAAUGCUUUCUUUGGUUCUUCUUCUGCCCUUUGUUUCUUUGGCUAGUGCCGCCAACGACUGGACUGUGCCCUGUGUCUCUGGGUCUUGCUCGUAUGACUUGAAGGCCACGAAUGGCACUGCGGCGUCGGGUACUGUGACAGUCUGGAGUACGAGCCAGCACGCGAUCAGUGACAUCACGACCGCUGCCAACUGGCAAAUCUUGGGAUGCGACUCGCAGUCUACCGCGCAGCAAAUCCGUCUAGUCUGCAACGACGCCGCCGCGAACUCGACCUGCGGACAUUUGUUCGCUGGCGCGGGACCUGUACACAAAAUUAUCCGGCUGCCUGAAAGCUGUGGAAGCAAUGCGUUUGCACGGGUGUCUAAAGUUGUCGUCGCCGAUGACCAGACCAUUCCUGGUCACCUUGCGAGCCGUCUCUCUCGCCGCGACGCCACGACCCAACCGGUCCAUUCGCUCUGGUUCGACACCGAGUUCCAAUCCGUUGAUCACACACAAACUGCACCCGUGAAGAUCGCCAUUCAGGGUGCCAACUUCCCCGGUGCCCAGUCGGCGACCCCGCUUGUGCCGCCUUCGGGACGCAACUCACGUCUUGCGCAACGUGUCUUGGACACCUUCGUCAAAGACUCCUUGGCCGUCCGCGCAAACAACCCCGUGUCGGUCAACCAGACCUUCAACUUGCCCCCGGUCGAUUUCACCAAGAGCGUGUCUCUGAUCAACCAGUCCAUCAAAUGUGGCCCGGUGUCUGCCUCCCUCACGGCAAACAUGAAUGCUAACGCGCAUGCUACUGCCGCCAUCGCUGUGGCUGCCCACGGUACCUUGACUCCGCCCAAGCUCUCCGACUUUGCCGUUGUCGGAACUCUCAACGGCAACGUCCAGGGAACUCUCGACUUCAAUGCCGGUGUUACGGGAACUGUCACCACUGGCAAGCUCCCCCUCGUCUCCGUCGGUAUUCCAGGAUUGACCGUUCCCGGAAUUCUGACCAUCGGCCCGACUUUCGAAGUCCACGCCUUGCUCUCGGCCACCUUCAAUGCGCAAGUCGAUAUGAACGUAGGAAUCAACCUCGACCUCGCCAACGCUCAGCUUGCCUUCCCCGCUACCUCGGCGAUCUCCCCGGGCACCAAAGCAUUCUCAAUCGGAGACACGCCCCUUACACUGUCCGCCAGCCCUUCCUUCUCGGCCACCGGCAACGCUCAAGCCCAUCUCAUCCCGUCGCUGAAUCUGGGUGUCUCGGCUCUGAACAAUGCCGCUUCAGCCAAGAUCUUCCUGGAAUUGGAUGCCAGCGCCCAGAUGCAAAUGUCCUUGACCGCUGCUGCCAAUGCCGCGGCCAGCACUGCGCUGACCGGCAAGUCCUCCGCCGCCCUCCCCGCCGCCUCUGCCAAAGCCGCUUCCGCCAAGCCUUCCGCGUCUGCUAAGGCUGCCGCUGCCCCUGCUAAGGCUGCUCCUGCGAAGGCCUCCGCUGCCCCGGCCAAGGCUGCUCCGGCGAAGGCCUCCACUACCGCCAAGCCUGCCGCCGCCCCUGCCAAAGCGGCUCCGGCCGCUGUUGCCCCGACGAAGGCUGCUGCUGCACCCGCCAAGGCCGCUCCCGCCCCCGCUAAGGCCGCCCCCGCCGCCCCCGCCAAGGCUGCAGCUCCCGCCAAGGCUGCCGCUCCCGCUAAGGCUGCUGCUCCCGCUAAGGCUGCCCCUGCCCCUGCCAAAGCCGCGCCGGUCAAGGCUGCUGCCCCCGUCAAGGCUGCUGCCCCCGUUAAGGCUGCGCCCGUCAAGGCUGCCCCUGUCAAGGCUGCUCCCAAGGCCAUUCCCGCCAAGAUCGCAGUGAAGGGCCGAGAUGUCGAGGAGGACGCCGAACUGGAGCAGCGUGCAGUUACCACCAGCGCGUCCACCACCGUCGGAGGCUGCUUCGAGAUGGAUGCCAACGUUAACGUCAAUGUCGGUGCCUCUGGCCAGUUCUUCGGCCUGUUCAAGCAGAACGUGUCCAACACCCUCUUCACCAAGAAGUUCGUUAUCUUGAAGAAAUGUUUCGGAAACUCCGCUGCGAAGAGACGCUCUCUCCACGCCAUCUCGCGCCUGACAGCGAGCACGGUUGAGCGUGACCUUGAGUUCGAUCGCCGUGCGGGUUUGACCUGCCCCGGGUCCACUGUGCAGGCCCCGGCCCCGCUGACCAGCGGAACGAUCAAGGCUGCGACCAUCAAAGCCGUUUAAGCAAAAGACUAAAUUGAACGACCAUUAUCAUUCAUUUUGUUAUAAACAACCCUCGUUAUUAAUUCAACCUUUUAUUGCGUGUCCCAAGUCUCUGUACGCUCUAUUCAGUCGGUGCAAGCUCAGUCGCGGUAAGCCUCAGAGCCACGGCUGAGUGCCAGACAAGGGUGGCUC